AUGUCGGACGAAGCGAAAUCAUCUACACCGGCAGAUCCUGUUAUGGCGGGUGGCCUGGACGGCAGCAGCAGCACGCUCGAUGCCGCGGCGGCCGCAGUUGAAGCAGGCCCAUCAGACAUGCCGUACGUCCACACCUCUCUCACGGAGCGCUUUCAGGGCAAGUUCCAGCGGCUGUCGUUCCCGACGUUUGAACAGAUGAUGGCGGAGGAUGCCAUGAACAACUGCGGCGUGCGGUCGAUCAUCGCGGGGGCGGGGGGCGCGCUGCUGGGCGUGGCUUUUGGGGUCUUCACGGCAUCGCUAGACACCGGGGGCAUGGACGCGGCGGUGGUGGGGGAGACCAAGUCGACGCGGGUGGUGCUAAGGGAGACGCUGCAGCUCAUGAAGUCCAAGAGCGUGUCCUACGCCAAGGGCUUUGCUGUGAUGGGGCUGGUGUACAGCGGCUGCGAGUGCCUCAUAGAGAAGCGCCGCGCGCGCCACGACAAGUGGAACGCGCCGCUCGCGGGCUGCGCGGCCGGCGGCAUCAUGGCGGCGCCCGCGGGCCCAAAGGCUAUGUGCUUCGGCUGCGCGUCCUUUGCCGCUUUCAGUUACGCCAUCGACCGCUUCAUGGGGCUUCACUAA